UUUUGUAAGUACCGCCUCAAGUAACUGCAUGAUCCAAACCCGAAGCAAGAUGCGGUUGGCGCCUGUCCGAUGCAUCGAGCCCAACUAAUUUAAGGCAGAGCCUUGAGAGAGAGCGAGAGAUGAGAGAGAGAGGUAUGGGGGGAGAAGGGAGGAUGAGAGCAUUGGUGGGUUUGGCUGUGGCAAUGUUUUUGGGAAUAGCGGUCUACUUGAGGAUUUGGACCAUCGAUUAUUCCAUUUCCUCUGAUGAUACUGACCUAUUGAGGAGACAGUUCGAUCUUGCUAACAGGGAAGCGAUGGAUGAAUCUGCUGAGUGGAGGCUUAAAUAUGAUGAACAAGUAGAGAAGGUUACCGAGUGUGUCAAUGAACUUCAAGAGUUAAAGGAGUCUUUUGAGAAUAAGGCUGGAGAUGCUGUUAGCAUUAGCCAGAAAGUGGCAAUGCUACAAAAGGAAAAUAUGGCAUUGCUUGAAAGAGUGGAAGCCUUGAAACAUGAGCUUGAGGAUGCAACUUUGAAGUGCAACUUACAUAAGAUUCAUUGAUCACCAUAAAUUUCAUGUUAGGUUGAAGAGAUCUCUUCAUACCGAGUUUUACCUUUAUGGUUCAUUAGCACGUAUGUGAGGGAAGAAGUACUUCAUCAGGAAAAUUUUCAGAGUGAGAGUUUUCAGCUUCUUGUUAGUUAUUCAGCCAUGAGAAAUAUGUUUUUUUCGAUGAGAUUCAUGGUUUCUUCUGAGCUAUCAUAUAGAAUGCUUAGUAAUACCUGUUUUUCCAA